UCGUCAUUGCUAGAAGUGAACUUUCAGUGGGAGCAAAGCACUGAUGCUCUUUUAAAAGGACCGUUUAUGUUCAUGUUUAGGCACGAACAAGUCCAUCAACUCGCCAAAGCCCAGAAGACCUGCUGAGAUCGGCUCCUUAAGUGUUUCUGCAAUACGAGCCGAAAUUAACAACCACCAAAGGAAUUUGGACGGCGCGCAUUUGUUAUGGAUAGUGGAGUUGGAAGUCUAUAAUUUUGAGAUAAUCGUUUUAUCACUGAGUUUUCAACCUUAAACCCAUGCCUGCUCCUGGGAAAAUGAGAAAGCCUGAUAUUAAAAUUGUAAUCCUGGGAGACAUGAAUGUAGGGAAAACGUCCCUCCUGCACAGGUACACAGAGAGAAGCUUCAAGGAAACUUUAAGCACAAUCGGCGGAGCGUUCUUCUUGAAGCAGUGGGGUCCGUACAACAUCUCUAUCUGGGAUACAGCGGGUCGUGAACAGUUCCACGGUCUAGGCUCCAUGUAUUGUCGUGGCGCUGCAGCCAUCAUUCUCACGUAUGAUGUCACAAACUGGCAGAGCUUCGUAGAGCUUGAAGAUCGCUUCCUACCUCUCACUGACUCGGCCAAUAGUGACAGCAUAUUUGCCAUUGUGGGCAACAAAGCAGACCUCACUGACACUCAAGCCCAUGUUAUGACCCUGGAGGAAGUGGCAGAAGAGGGUAGUGUGCUUCCCCUUCCAUCCUUUCCCACACCUCCAGACUUUCCCUUGCACAAACAGGUGAGUCAGGAUGAUACCAUAGCACUGUACAACCGCAUAAUUCGCUAUAAGGCACUAGAGGGCACCAGCCCACCAGCGGAAAAGAUGUGCUUCGAGACAAGCGCUAAGACUGGAUUUAAUGUAGAUAUUAUGUUUGAGACACUCUUUGAUCUGGUGUUGCCAUCCAUCAUUCAAAAACGCUCCCAAAGUGAGUCGCCGAUAUUGUAUUUGGAGGACUAUAAUGAAGAGGGGAUGAAGAGCAAAGGGGAUUGUUGCACAUGA